UAUAACAUGUUAUCCAAGUAGAGAUACUUUUUCAACAGCUGCCAUGUUUUUUUUGUUCAGUAUUGUUUGGCAUUUCAUCAUGGAAAGACUUACGCCUCAACAAGUCGUUCAACUUUAUUACGAAAAUUCACGUUUUGUAAAGAAUGUGUUUCGUGCUCUUCGUUCAACUCAUGGUCAACAUAAUCGGUCUACUGUAUGUACCAUUCGCAACACAUCAUAAAUCUUGCGGCCCAGCACUCAUUAUUGGAUAAUAUUCGACGGAAUAGACCACUUCCACCAUGCAGAGAAGGAAAUAGAUCAGCCGUUGCUGAAAGUGUAUACGAAGACCGCGGAGAGUCGAAUCGACGCCGUCCGUAGCAACUCGGACUGACAUGUGGUACGAUUUGAUGCAUUUUACGUCGAGAUCUUAAAUUGAAAGCGUAAAAAAUACAGCUAUCUAUCUAUGUUCUUGUCUUAACGAAGAGCAACAUGAAGAGAUUCUGGAACUGCCAUUUGAUUCAGAAAACGUUUUGGUGUGCUGUGGUGGUGUGAUGAUUCCACCGGUCCACAUUUCUUCAAAAAUGAUGCCAGUGAGAAUGUAACGUCAAUGACGACCGUUAUCACGCCGACUAUUUGAUGCCUGAAAUUGAAGUUCAUAAUCGUUUUGACAUUUGGUUUCAACAAGAAGGCACCACUUCUCACACAUCGCGCCCAAUCAAUGGAUUUAUUGAGGAUACAAAUUGACUUAAUAUAAACUCACACGAAAAUCGCCGCAGGAGAUAACUCUUCAUUAGUAAAACACAAAUACGGAUAUUAACUACAACAAAGGACUGCAAAAUCCAGGACACUAAAGAAACGCAAACAAAGGCAAACGAUAAAGAGAACAAACAAUCAAAGUCAAAGUCAGCAAAUUUAUUCCUCAAGCCGCAUUCUUCCGUGAUGUGAUAGAUAAAAUGCCGUUGAGGUCAAUUAGGUGAAAGAAUACCGGUGAAACCUAGCAAAUACAGCGCUUGAUGGUAAUAGGCAUAAAUCGAGCGAUAGCACCCCAAGUGGCAAGUAUAGCGAUGCCAACAGAAGAUCAGAGGCCGAAUAAUUUAGCAAAAAUGUCGCACACAUUUCACCCAAAACAAAAAGCAAUAACAACAGUGAUACCUACCAGCACAACUUGUAACGGUAAAUACGGGUACCAACAACAUCGACAACGAAGCAGUAUCGCGCAUAAUAGAAAACACGGUCCACAGCGACAACGACCCUCCCGCGGCACAUGUCCCACCCACAAGAGUUAUGUGUUCAGCAACAGCGCACAAGUCAGGAUGCUAUGGAUGCCACAGUUAUUCACAGUGGCAGCAUUCUUGAUGUGUCACAGCGUCGCAAUUGUUAACGCAACAGCAGUGCAAACGCCACACCCUCUCAGCAGGGGAGUAAUCAACACUGACUCUGAUACAGCUGGCCACAGAGCAAUGCGAGCGACGCAAUAUAGUCAACCGUUAACCGUUGAGGGGGGAAUGUACAAUCCAGAUAACAAUAGCUUUCUGCCGAUUAUCCCGAAGGACAUUAGUCCAGAAUAUAUUGCACAAAAUGUGUUUACGAAAGGAGGUCAGUAUCGCGUGUUUGAGCCCACAGAUAGCGACCUGCGCAUCCAAAUGACAAUGGGUCAGAAGGUAAACAGUGUCGAUAGCAUGGAGGUGAACGCCAACGCACAGCACAAUAUUCGCAUAGUGAGCGGUAUCAGUAGUGCUACGGACGAAAAUAUAAAAACUACAGCCGAAGGAGCAAUGGUGGCAAAGUUGAAGGAACAAACAAAUGGCCAACAAGAGACUGAGAAGAAAGCAACGCUCAGCCUAAGUGCUGACAAAAUCGAAAAGCCACUAAAGCAAACGGAACACACACUUCACAAAGUGGGUGCAUCAACUAACAUCCCAGCAACAGCAACAGUUAUGGUACACAAAAGCAAAGCAUUGCCGAACUCUUUUAAUGCUGAGCAGCUAGCUUUAGAAGAAAGAAAGAUAGCAAGUGUCCAGAAAGAAAACUUAAAACCGCAUCCAACAGCAACAACAGACUUUGCGGAUGUCUCUCAAAAUACAGUCGGCGGUGAUAUAAAAGAGCUGGAGGCCUUGUUGGUCGAAUAUGCGGAGAAUUUCUUUAACAAAGCCCAAUAUGAGCCUUCCAGUGAGCUAGUAAAUGCAUUGCAACAAAAUCACACGAUGGUCGGUGGCCCGCACAAAGAGCGUCCGACACGGCAUGCCGAUGCCAACCCACACCAUCACCAUCACAACCACCUACACCACCGCCAGCAUUCCUUGCCAGCCGUUGUACAUAAGCCAGAUGGCAAUGUGAGUGUAAAUAUUCCGCGUGCCUUGGAAUCGGGAAGGUUGCUCUUCUUUUCAGGUUUGAAAAAGGCAUUAUGGCCAGUGUAUAUCGGCUUGCAGGUGCUGAAAUCGCUGCUUUUGGCUUUGUUUAUGCCGGUAUUGAUUGGCUCAUUCAGUAAAUUCUUGGGCAAGGGCAUUGUCUCCGGUUCUGCGCCGCUCUUCAUACGACCGCCAGACACGCCUCAGGAUCUAGACUUCCGUGAUAAUACCAUCAAUUUCGAUGACGACAAGUUCGCCGCCGUCGAGGAGGGCACAAAAGAGGAUGGCUAUGCCUACAAUCAAGCGGAGGCCUCGCAAACACACUACACCUACAAUGCAGCAGGGGGCAUAAAUCGCAUUGAACAGCAAAACAAAAUGCCAGACACCUAUUUGAGUGCAUUACAGACCAUCGGUUCCGCGUCGUUUAAAAAUUCCGGUUCGCUCUCGGGCAGUUUCUCGGGGGGAGGUCUGGGCGGAGGUGGCCUCGGCGCACCAAUGCGCACAAAACCAAUUGCACCAGCAAACACCAACACUUUCCAGACUUUCCAAAAGGUGCCAGCCUCGUCGCUGCUACUUUCCAACUACGACCCCUUCUACAGUCCACUGCUCUCACGUUUGGAUUCUGUUUUCGCGCAUUUGAAAUUAAAUUCCGACAACGAGAACUGUCGUGAAAAGCUGAUUUGUCUAAUGUAUGCAAAUCCAGCGAAAUACGCACCCUACAGUAACCUUGUGUCAGCGCAAUUAUCGCGUGAGUUGAAUGAACUGCGCAAACCAACUUCUGAUAAUCCAGAUAUUUUGAGAUUCUUCAAGUAUAUGCGCGCCGCCAAGGACGGGCAGGAUGGCAUUGAUUGUGAAAAAUCGUUUGAUCGUUGUCAGGAAUUUAAGGAUUUCGAGAAUCCAGCCAUGGUCUCAACAUAUCAUGACAUCAACAAAUUGGUAUCAGCACGAAAGUUGGCGUAGAUGAGAGUGAACCGCCUUCUGGGUAUAGGGUUAGUAAUAGCAGAAGUGCAAGAGAACCAGGCAAAAGAAAAGAAGACGAAAUGGAUAAGCUAAACGAAAAUGAUUAACGAGCGAGAAUUGAGGGCACUGACAUUAACAACUCAGACUUGAAGGCGUACAAGUACUGUGUGGACUAAAUAUAUGUUUGCAUAGAAUGCAAAAGGAAAUAAAUCGAGAAGUGAACCAUUCAUUCAUUCAUUGGCCAACAAAUUUUAGACGACAAUUUCAUAUGCAUUAUAUUAUUUUAAAAUUAUCAUUAAAUUCUCGACUUUGUUGCCCUCUGUUUGCAAAGACUUAAAGUGCCCAAAACGAAUGCCUUACGAAUUUAAUCAUAAAAAAUUAUAAUAAUAGCAAAAAUAGAUCACACUGAAUGAAAAAAUAUUAUUGUAAAUAGUUGGCAUGAAAUUUACGGUUAUAAGUAUAUUUAUUUUUAAAUUAAUUUACUUAAUUAAUCUUAAAUUAUUUAUUUAUAUUUAUUUAUUUACAUAUACAUAUAUAUACAUAUAUAAUACCUACAAAUACUGUUAGUAAAAUUAUUGAAUAAAUUAUUUAUAACAUUUGCUCUGGGCAUAAGUAGCAAACCUGUCUAUAUAUACACAUCAGUCUUGUAUAGAAUUACUUCGACAUGAAAUACAGCUUGAAACUUGAGUUACACUUUAAUUGCAUGUAAUUGUGUUAAAAGCGGAAUGACCUCGAGCCUUUUGGCAGGAUAAUUGCCACGUAAAACUUCUAACCUAUAGCCCUUAAGCUAUAAUGGCUUUGAAAUAGAAAAUUUAAGUAUAUGUGUGCUUGUAGCUUAAUUAAAGCGUUUUAUUUGAUUUUAAACGUAAAACGAACAAAAACUUAUCAAUAUUUAUGAAAUCGGAUAAGUUUUUAGAUAUAAGCAAUUAAAUGAACUUGCUCCAAGUAAAUGUCUUUCUACAUAACAUAUGAAAGGUUAGAAUUUGAUUUUAUAUUUAAUAAUUUCCAAUAAAACGUCUCACGUAUUUGUGUAUUUUAAGCUUUAAUGCGAAGCCUGGAUGGCGAAGUUUUAGUCAUUACAGUUCUAUUAAAUUGUUUAUAUUUAUGAUUGUCAUUGUUAUGCUUUUUAAUAAUAAUAUAUAGCCAAUAAAAUUUAGUAAAAACUUAACGGAAAUAUCAUA